UAGUGACACAAUCACAAAGUGAAAUCAGUUUAAAUUUUUGUAGUCUUAGUCGUAGUAGUAGUAGUAGUAGUAGUAGUAGUAGUAGUAGUAGUAGUAGUAGUAGUAGCGGUAGUAGUAGUAGUAGUAGUAGUAGUAGUAGUAGUAGUAGUAGUAGUGUAGUGAAUGAGAACACAG